AUGAAAGGACAUAUUAUGCCGCAGUACCCAGCCAAAGACGUCGCACUUCCUUCUGAGCUAGAAUCUACCAGCCGGUGCUAUCAGGUCUUCCAUAUCGAAGAGAUUAUUCCACUGUACCCCAGCACCAGCCCCACCCCACGGUUCGGCUAUGUACCUCUGGUUGUUUGUACCAGCGGAGAAGGGUUACUGGUGGGGAAGGAGGCGAAAAUUAGAAAAUCUAAGGUUGUCGUUAUCUUCAGCGCCGCUCAGAUACACCUAUUCGCGCAGAGAGGGGCGAUGAGCUUGUUAUGUACAGUUCCAGGGAAGGGUAGACAAGCGGCUGAUUUGGAUCCCAGUUGCCCUUCAGCCAGUCAAGAUGAUCGCGUCAAUGUAGGCAUGCCGGCCAGUCGAUGGACACGGGAGAAGUGCUUCCACAAGAUCGAAUUUUUUUGGUGUGACGUGACGACCCAUUUUCUCUUAUUGUAG